GAAGCAGCAGGCUUCACAGAGCUGUCAGUGCAAACAACGGGAUCCAAAGAGACACAACCAGGAGCCAUAAUGGACCUGCUGCACAGUGCUGGGGUGCAGGUGGUGCAGUACCUGCAGGAGAACUACCAGGGCUUCCAGGACUGGUUCCUCUUCAUCUCCUUCGCUGCCGACCUUAAAACCACCUUCUUCAUCUUCUUCCCCAUCUGGUUCCACCUCUGCAAGGCGGUGGGCGUCAAGCUGAUCUGGGUGGCCGUGAUCGGGGACUGGCUCAACCUGGUCUUUAAGUGGAUCCUCUUUGGGCAGAGACCCUACUGGUGGGUCCAUGAGACCGGUUACUAUGGCAACGCCUCCACCCCUGUGAUCCAGCAGUUCCCCCUCACCUGUGAGACCGGCCCAGGAAGCCCCUCAGGCCACGCCAUGGGUUCUGCUGGAGUCUACUACGUCAUGGUAACGGCCCUGCUGCCCUGCGUCCAGGGCACCCAGCACAGAUCCUGUGCAGCCAGGUGCCUCCGCGGCCUCCUGUGGCUUGCGUUCUGGGCCGUGCAGGUCUGCGUCUGCUUGUCCCGAGUCUUCCUAGCUGCUCACUUCCCCCAUCAGGUGAUCGCAGGGGUCAUCUCAGGGAUGGUAGUAGCAGAAGCAUUUGACCACAUCCACUCCAUCUACAACGCCAGUCUCCGGCGGUACCUGGGCACCACCCUCUUCCUGUUCAGCUUCGCCCUGGGGUUCUACCUGUUGCUGAAGGCUCUCGGUGUUGACCUGCUGUGGACCAUGGAGAAAGCCAAGAGGUGGUGUGACCGGCCGGAGUGGGUCCACAUUGAAACCACCCCCUUCGCCGGCCUCCUCAGAAACCUGGGCAUCCUGUUUGGGCUGGGGCUGGCCCUCAACUCCCAGAUGUACCUGGAGAGCUGCAAAGGGAAGAUGGGCCAGCAGCUGCCCUUCCGCCUGAGCUGUAUCGCGGCCUCGCUCCUCGUCCUGCACCUCUUCGACUCCUUCGACCUCCCCACAGACAGAGAGCUACUGUUCUACGUCCUGUCCUUCUGCAAGAGUGCCGCUGCCCACCUGUGUGCGGUGGCACUCAUCCCCUACUGCAUUGCCCAGGUGCUCAGGAGGGGUGACAAGAAGAUCCUGUAGCUGACCUGCAAACUUGCGUCGUAGCUGCCAAGCCAGGCUGCUCUUCGGGGCAGGGGAAUGUGCUCUGCAGGGCUCCCCCUUCCCUUUCCCACUGCAGUAACAGGUCUCCACGGACCUCACAGCUCUGGGUUACGUGAUCGGCUCAGUGCCGUGAAGUGGAAGGGGAAGUUCACGGUCUUCUGUGUGGGAAAGGAAGUGAGUGACUAUCACACACCUCAGUGCUGCACAGGGUGAAAUGUAAUGGGGUCCUCGUUCGGCCACAGCCCCUGGCCCAGCCCAUGGUAACCUCUGCUCUAGGGAGUGUGAGUGGAUAACGGGGCGGUCAGGAACACUGUCCCAGCCGAGGGCAUAGCCACAGCUGAGGGGGAGAUGUCCCACACAGAAUUCGGCUCUCGGCCACCUUGUCAGCCUCUUACACUACAACGUACCAAACGCUCUCCAGAGCGGGGAACAGUUGGCACCUACCCAUCUUAUGGCUCAGUCCCCUCUGGGCUAAUGCGUUUGGCUAUGGCCACACUGAACAGCGGUGCUGUCAAUCAACUCGGCCCCAGCAGAGCAGGGAUGGCGUGUCCAUGGGCUCCCAGCGCGGGAAAGCUGGGCUGAGGUUGCAAGGAGUGCCGUAGGCGUGGGUGUGUCUGCGUGUUACCAGGCUGUUACAGCUGGGCGGCACCCAUGGGCCCCGGGCCGAGGGACAGGCGCUAGCUGUGAAAUGCCUUUGGCAAUAAAAUUAGUAAAUUCCACUCAGCCUUUCCCUCCCUCAGGCCAUCUUACUGAUGGGGCAACCUCUGCUCAUUGCCCCAGUGGGCCCUCCAGAGAUACAGGGACCCAGAGCUCUCCAAGAGAGUGUCACACAAAGGGCCAGACCGAUGGUCCAUCUAGCCCCGUGUCCUGUCUCUGACUGGGCCGGGGCCGGAUGCUGCGGGGGAAUGAACAGACCAGGGCAGUUAUCCAGUCCCUGUCUGGCUGAGGGGAGCAUUCUAGAACAGUGGUUCUCAACCAGGGGCACACACAUCCUGGGGGUACACAGAGCUCUUCCGGGGGAACAUCAACUCAUCUAGAGAUUUGCCUAAUUUUACAACAGGCUACAUAACAAGCACUAGCAAAGUCAGUACACACUAAAAUUUCCUACGACGACUUAUUUAUACUGCUCUAUAGACUAUACACUGACAUGUAAGUGCACUCUUCAUAUUCCACUUGAUUUAUUAUAUAAUUAUAUGGGAAACAUGAGGAAGUCAGCCAUUGUUCAGUACUCGUGUGCUGUGACACUUUUGUGUUUUGAUGUCUGAUUUUGUAAGCAAGUCGUUUUUAAGUGAGGUGGAACUUUGGGGUACACCAGACAAAUCAGACUCCUGGAAGGGGUACAGGGCUCUGGAAAGGUUGAGAACCACUGGUCUAGAAGGCAGGAAGUGAGGGGCAGCAGCAGGGCCAUGGCUGUGGGAGGAGCAGCCUCAGGCCCCUACUCUGCACUCGGGAGUUCUGUCGAGGUGAAUGCUGACACUGACACUGGCGUAGCUGCACAACACAGAGCCCUGCUGUAGGGGGUUGUCGCAGUGUGUGCCCCGGCCUGGCCCGGCUUUCCCCGUUCCAGGCAUCCUCCUAGUGACUGACACCAAGCAUGAACAAGGCCAAAGUUCAGCUUCUCCGCUUGCAGAGCUCAGGUUUCCAUUUCAGGCCCAGAGCAAUGGUGGUCUGUCUCCCGCUUCCUACCAUGGGCCCAAUACAGCGCACCUGGUGUCCUACCACUCGCUCUGUGCAGGGGCAGGGCCUUGAGCGGGGAGAGCGAGAAACCACUCCAUUCUGGCCACGCUCCCUGGCACGGGGAAGAUCUCUGCGCCCGUGGCUCAGAUCAGGAGUCAGGGCCGAUGCCUGGAAUUAGCUAUGUGUUCAGUGGCAGGGGAAGUUCCAGCAGCAAGAUAUGUAUGGGGUAGGGAGGUUGACUUAGGGCAUUUGGGUUUGAAAGCUGAAUGUCCAUUCCAGGAGCUGCUCGCCUGCAUGCAGUGUGGCCAGAUAGCCUGGGUAUUUGACCACGCUGACAGAUCCCAUAGAUCUUGGUUCUCAUUAGCUUUAUGCUCACACAAGGCUUCAGGCUUCCAUCACCACCCUCCCUCCCUCCAGCCCCAUCACCACAGACCAAGCAUAGGACAAAAACCCCAUACUGGGGGGGACAGGGACACAAAUCCGUGCAGGAAAUCGGAACUGGCGCAGGAUUCAGCCUCAUGCGUGAACAGCCUCAGAGUGGCUCCUGACCGGUUAUCAGUAACUUUCACUAAUCAGAGCGAGGUGCGUAGAGCGUGCACAGAACAGCAAGAACAGGAGGGAGCACCGCUCAUUUCCUGCCCACAAGCGAGGGAUGCUGGAGAGCCGUGAGCCCCCACCACUCCCCUGGGAGCAGUUGGGUAUCUCUCAGGCUUGGUCUACACUAAACCCCCAAAUCGAACUAAGGUACGCAACUUCAGCUACGUGAAUAACGUAGCUGAAGUCGACGUACCUUAGUUCGAACUUACCGCCGUCCAGACCCGG